AUGAAAGAGAGGCUGAAAGCUAGGAAGGAUAAAAGGGAGAAGGAGAGAAGAGAUUUGUCUCACCAUUUUGUCAGACCCUCGCAGAAUCUCAGUGUUGUUGCUAUGGAAACGUCGCUUUUGGAUAAGGGGCACGCGUGUGUAACAGGGCGAGUGAAAAGUUCUAUAGUGGUCGCUUUGGACUUGAAAGGGUUUGGUGACAGCGACAAACCGACCAGAAGGCGAUCAUACAGAAUAGAAGUUUUAAUUAACGAAUUACGUCAAUUUAUCUCGACACUGGGAGUCGAUAAAUGCAGCAUAAUUGGGCACGAUCUUGGCGGGCUGCUCGGCUGGGUUCUUCGUACUCUACACAGCAUGGCAUGUAGUAGAGAGAAGAGAGUAAAAUAA